CGUGCGAACGCUACCUGCCAAUCACCGCGUGCACGAGGACACGCUUCUUUCUUUCCCCAUCUAACUUUGGAACGUUGGUGCGCGCGCGACGUUCCUUCGAACGUUUCGCACGUGCUCAGUCAGAGACUUAACGGGUUCUAUAUUUUAAUAAGCGCGUGUUUUAACGCGUCUCAUCUCGUGUCGUUCUUCUACCGUCGCUUUUCUUCUUGUUUUCCCACUUUAACGUUAUUUUGACGUCACACCGGUACCGGCUCCGUGCGGCUCGGUGUAGAUGUGUUUUCAAACUGGAUAUUAGCUUGUUUUCCGUCCCGGGUCGAGCCGGACCGGACCGGACCGGACCACAGUGAGAUAGCUGAUUAACAAAGCGGGCUGAGCUGGAUCCCGGAUCAAAGGAGGAGAUGGUGACCCGGGUCAGCCUGGUUCUGCUGUCCUGGUUCUGUAUGUGGACUCAGGGACACAGAGACUAUGACAGCUGGGUGGACCAGGCCGCGUUGUCCAACGGUCUCUGUCGCUAUGGCAACAGCGUGGAGUGUUGCUGGGGCUGGAGACAGAUGGACUGGGGACGCUGUCAACCUCACUGUCAGCAGGGUUGUAAACAUGGAGAGUGUGUCGCACCAGACAGAUGCAAAUGUCACCCAGGAUACACCGGCAAGGCCUGUAACCAAGACCUGAAUGAGUGCGGUGUGAAGCCUCGGCCCUGUAAGCAUCGCUGCAUGAACACGCUGGGCAGCUACAAGUGUUACUGCAUGGAUGGAUACACGGCGCAGCCGGACGGCAGCUGCAGGAAUGCUCGAACCUGUUACCAUGCCAACUGUCAGUACGGCUGUGAGGUCCUCAAGGGGGCAGUCCGAUGCACCUGUCCGUCUCCAGGGUUACGGCUGGGACCAGACAGACGCACCUGUAUCGACAUCAAUGAGUGUGUGUCAGGCGGAGGUGUGUGUCCUCAUCGCAGGAAGUGCGUGAACACGUUUGGGAGCUUCGUGUGUAAAUGUCACUUCGGCUUCAAACUCACGUACAUCAACGGACGGUACACCUGCAUCGAUAAGGACACUCGGCCGUUCUGUUCUCUGAAUCCUUCCUCUCCCAAGUGCAGGUGUAAAGGCGGCAGCUGUAAAGGUGUCCCCAAAGUGACUCUGCAGCCACAGAGACCGAGAACUACAACUCCCAUCACCACCUCCACAGCUGCUACCCCUCCUCCCCUCACUACUACUACUACUACUACUACUACUACUACAGCUCAGCCAACCACCACGACAAUAGCAACAACCACACCGACAACUUCCACUACUACCACAACAGCUCCACUUCCUCCUACAACCACCACUGCAAGUACAACUACUUCUACCGCUCUGCCUACUACAACUGAACUGGAUACUACAACUCCAACAAUACCUACUACUUCAAAUACACAACCUACUUCUACUACUACACCUGUUACUACUACUACUACUACUCCCACGACUAUUUCAAGUACAACACCUGCUACUUCCACAACUGCUAGUACGACUACUUCUACCCUGGACACUUCAACUGCUGCCGCUACUACUGUUACUACUACCACGCCAACUACAACUGCAACUACUGUUGCAGUGGAGCCAACAACAGCCACCACAGUUGCCACCACCACAUCCCUGGUAAUGACAGUGAACAACAGGAUCAAUAAGGACGUGACACACAGACAGAGAGGAGACGUGCACAUUCCUCGACAUCCCAAUCAUAACCAGGUGUGGGAGUUUGACAUCGAGCUGGGAAAUACUGCUGAGGACGCCAGAGAUGAUCCUGAGGUUGGUGUGCUCCACUGCACCUUUGAUCAUGGAUUGUGUGACUGGAUGUCAGACAGAGAAGGAGAUCUACACUGGGAAGCAGCUCGCAACCCCGCAGGUGGGAAGUACUUGUCCGUUCCAGAGUUGAAAGCGGGACAAAGGAGCAUCCGUGGUGCUAGAUUAGCCAUCCAAAUAGUCCCGCCCUGGAGCCACGGCGACCUAUGUUUCUCCUUCUCCCAUUGGCUGACAGGACAUCAUGUGGGCGUGCUGCAGCUGUUCAUCAGGAAAAAGGGACGAGACCAAAGGUACGGCUCUGCCCUCUGGAGCAGGACAGGUGGACACGGCUGGAGACACACACAGGUGACCUUGACGACACACUAUCUGGACAAGGUGUUGUUGAAGGCCGAGCGGAGGAAAGGACGGCGAGGACAAAUUGCUGUUGAUGAUGUCACUCUGAGACAGGGGGCAUGUCGAUGACAUCAUGGCGGUAUGAGGACACUGAGCAGUCGUUGCACAGUGGACGGUUUUUCAUUUAACACUGAACUUCAAACUGAAUUGAACAUAAAAAUAAUUCAAAGGACUGUCGUGCCGUUUUUUUCCUGUUUAAUAGAAACUAUCUUUAAAAUAAUAAACUGUUUGUCAUGAAUUUCCUGCCUUAUUUGUUGAACCGUCUGUUUCGGAGAUAUAGAAAGACACUUUUGAAUUUUGGUUUUUGUUGUAAUUUGUGUUGAAGUAGCGGGAGCUUAAACUGAAGCCCCGACAGACUGACUAAAUGAACACCAGCAGUUUGUGUGUGUCAUUAUUUCCUCUGGGUUCAAACUGAACACUCGGUCAAACAUUCACUGCAAACUGAACUUUGUUUCUGUGUUAAAUAUUCUCAGAAGAGUUUUACUUUUUAACCUGAACACGAGGUUGGUUUGGUUUGUUUGGUCCUUUUGUUUGUAGUGAGAAGAAUCGAUGCUCAGGGAGUCGACUGGUCUAAAAACAUGGAGACUAAUAAAGCUAGUCACUCUCUGCUCUUAAUUAACUUUUUAAGACUUUUUUACUUGUGUGUAAAUAUCUUAUGAAAAGACCAGAUGAGUCAUAUUGUCAUAAAUCUUAUAUAUGGUCAGUUUAUCAGGUUUUGUAAAUAUAUGUCUUGUGUAUUGACACAUAUCGUUUGUAUUGAUAAAGUUAAUUAAUUUGUGAUAUUUUAAAUAAAGUA